GUGUCAGACACACAGUUCUAAGGAGCAAAACAAGGUAAAGGUUUAUCUUGUACAUCCCUUUGUAUAGAGUUUUACAAACUAUCACCUAUUAGUAAGUAACAGUUACUCCAUAAUAAUUGGUCAGUCCAGAGAAGGUGUCUACGUGCAGGGAAGAGUUUUUGUGAAAUAUUGCUUUUAUUCGUCUACUGAGACUGUUGUCAGUUGUUGAAACAGGUGCAAGAAACAGUCCUAACCUGUAGAAUUCUUUCACAGGGAAACACAUUGUUUCUUGCCAUUGCAGGACUCUGUUCUCACAAAGUUGAUAGCAAUCUCACAGUUUAUGUCAGAUUAAGUCAGAAUUCAGUCUGUAAGGCCUGUACAAGCCUGCUUGCUAAGAGCUCAAAGGAGUGGCUUGAGUGCUGGUGUUUCCCAAUGGGUGAUGGUGUCUCUUCUGCAUAUUUCAUGAGACUCUGUGAAACUUUCUCAUCUCAGAUCCUGGCUCUGGCAGAACAAGCCUUGCUGCUGAAAAUUCAGGUCUGGAACCAGAUCUCAAGGAAAGGGUGGUGGGAGUCUCAGCACUGGUUUUUAAUGGCAGCUUCCACUUGCCUUUGGAAUAUGUUAAUAUCAGGAAAGGGCAUUUGUCACUGUCUGUGGGGUCUCCUGAACUUGAGAUCACCCACAACAGGACAUUUAGGUGGUUUAGAGUUCAAGUUCUCCCAGCUCGAGUACCAAAGAAGAGUUAGGAAGCCAUUUUCUGGGGUUUCCAAGGUUGUUUAUUCUUUCUUAUCUAAGAAAUUCUUUCUCUAACUGAGGUCUGUGUAGCAUGUCGAUCCAAGGCACACUCUGCCUGCCCUUGGGGCAGGACUUACCUUUUAUACUAUAAAUUAUGUACCUAAUGUUUACAAUUACUUUCCAAUACAUUACACCUUUAUUGCACUGUCCAACUUUGUCCCAAACCAAUCCAGUGAUGCCAUCCUGACUCAGAAGAUGGAUGACAUGAAGAAAAGACAUACCAUGCCCAAAAUCCUCCAUCUUAGCUUUAAACCCCCUCGUAUAAACAUUUCUAAAAACUCACUUUUAUACCUUCUAACUAUCUAAUUUAUACUCUACUUAAUUUUUGUGACUUGUAAUUCUUCCUGCGAUGUUGGUAAUUUUUUCCAGGGACUAAAAUCCAGUCCCCAGUGGUCUUGGGCACUAUACCAAGCUGUCUGAGCCCCCUGCCUGGAGGGUCUCGAGGCAUCCAGGGAAGCCAGGGGAACACCCUGGAUUCCCACAGGCAUUUUCUGUGCAUCUGGCAGGAAAAGGUGAAGAGAAGAAGCAGGAUCAAAGAGCACAAAGACCAAACCAGUCCCUGUCGCCAGGCUCUGGGAAACAUCACUAAUAUAAUACAAAUGAGAGAAGAUUCAUGACCUUUCUUUUUGACAUAGAGCAGCACUUGGGCAGAACAGAAGACGGUUGCCUCACUCUCUAGGCUCUUUCAUACAGAAAAAAACUUACACAGGCUUUAAUCUUCCUAGAGGACUGAGCUGCUACCCUGGAGCAGAGGGAUGGGAGAACUCCACAGCGGGCUGCUGUCAGAUGGCUCCAGCUCUGUGUGGAGGAGGCAGGGAGGACAGAACUGUAGUAGCUGACAGUGGCCUGCUGUCCUACCUUCCUUCUUAGCUGACAGUGCCUGGACAGCUGCAGGGCUUAUGGAUCAGCCACACUGCAGUGAACUCUGGUCAGGAUUCUCCGGGAACCACUAUGAUCUGCAGCAUGGCCUCACCAGUCUGUGAUACACAGGGCAGUUUGGGAGCCUCCAAACCACCUCCAGACCACUGCCUGCAGGAAUAAUUUUGACCCUGUUUAAGGAACUGGACUAAUCACCUGAAUUCCCCCUUAGAAGCGGUUUCUAAACUCAAGCACGUUGACAGGAGGAAGAAGGUUGUUUCUGGGAAUGUGAUGGCAGGUGCUCGAGAGGAUGGGAGGCUUGGAGCCAAAUCCACACAGCACAUUGGCCAUACUGCUCAGAAGAAGCCUUCAAAUACAUCCCAGGGAGCAGGAAGGGUACAGCCAGGGAACAUCAUGACGCUUCCUGCUUCUAUGCAGACUAGUGGCAGGCUCCCACCUUCAGGCUCUGGUCACCUAAACCCAAAACGGAACCAGAAGCCUGCACAGGAGACUGUCACUGCUGCAGCAGCUCACAUGGGAAGCGACCACCCUCCUCCUGGAGCACCUCACUGUCUGAAUAAGGGGCUGCAGGGCAGGCUGGUCUGCCACAAGGAAAACCUCAACCCACGAGCCUCCACAUCCCUGGAGCUUAUCAGAACUUUCCAAUCUGAUGCAAACACUCUCAGGAAGAUGGGAGUCUUGGCCCACAGGCAAAGUUCAGCUGUAAUGUCAAGGCCUGUUCUGGGUCCAAAAGGCAGAAUUAGUAACCACCAUCCACUGGAAGAGCUAGUUGUGGAUAAAUUCAGCAAAACCCUGCCAGAAUCAAAGAUCAUAUUUCAAAAUACAAGUGUCAGUACUCAGCCAUUGCAGCCCUCUGGUUUCCUUCCUGCUUCUGCUAAUUUGCUACAUAAAAUCUCUGGGACAAACCAGGGAAAAACUGCUAUGGUGAGGCAACCUGGCACAGCUCCAGGGGGAAGUCUUAAGCACCACAGCCAACCUCCCCCAGUGAGAAGAUUUCCCGGCAAGCCCCAGGGCACCACGAACAGGGAAAGCAGCCUGAACCCAAGUGUCACUUUGCCACGGCCAAGGCCCAAAAUUAAAGAGGGCAUGGACAGGAAGGACGUGAGGGUGGUGCUUCCUGGACACACAGCAGCCUGGCAAGGGACAGGUCAUCCAAAUGAGUCCUGCAGCUGGUUCCACAGCUCCAAAACUCAUGUACUUGAGGAUGGAUUGAGGAGAGAGCAGCUUAAACCAGAAUUGCUGAAGGCGAGUGGCAUGCAGGCUAGGCGCAUUCCAAGGAUCCCAUCAGCUGCAGACCGCAAGAAACAGCUGGAGGAAUGGUUGGCAUCCAAAGGCAAGAAAUACAAGCGGCCACCGAUGGCACAGCUUCAGAAGCAGGCAGUGAAGCCAUCUUGUAGAAAGGUCAAAGCAAAAGAGAAUCAAGAGAAUCCAGAGCAGCACUGCCAAGUGAAGAUCAACAGUAUAUUAACUGAGUGCCUGAAGCUCAUUGAGGAGGGUGUCCAUGAAGAGGAGCUCUCGGCAGUGCUGUCCCUUGUGCCCCAGGCAGAGAAAUGUGCCAAAUUCUGGAUCUGCCAAGCAAAGCUGCUGGCCCGGAGUGGCCCCUUUGAUGUGUUGCAGCUGUACAGAGAAGCAGUCAUUGCUGGGGCUGAGCCAAUCGAGGAGCUCAGGGAAACUGUUCUUAAUAUUUUGAAGGAUCCAGGCCAAAAACUGGAAGGAGAGAAGGUGGGGGAAUCCAUUCCUUGGGAGCCUAGGAGGUGUUGUCCAGCUGAGAGGCAGCCCAUAUCAUCGACUCCGGGCCUGGUGGGGAGGCCCAUGAUCUCACUUCCCCUCUCAGUCAAGUUACAGGUUACACCUGCAUCCAGAGGAGGGGAAUUCCUGGAAGGCCCAGAAUUGAAAUUUCUGACACCUGUGCGGCGCUCACUACGGAUUGAAAGGGCUGGGAGUCACUACCCAGAGAUGCUGAAGGACCAUGACCCUGUGGUGUCGUCUCUCAGUGAAAUCUUAGAUGCUGAGGAGGAGACUUGCUUCUUCUUCCGGAAAAACGUGGCUUUGCCAGAAGUGACAGAGCUGGAGGGUUUGAGUUCAUAUCCCCUCAAGAGCUCCUGAGGGGUUCCCUGCAGGGACAGGCUACCUGCCCACCAUGCUGCCUGGUACACACUCCCCUGACUGCUCUUGCUCCCCUGAGAUGUAGAGUGGAUGGCAUAGAAUAAGCCGGUUUUAAAUUCUGUUUUAAAUACCUAAAAUCUAAAUUCUAAUAUCUAAAUUCUGUUUAAAAUAUAUUAAAAUUUGCGGUAGUGCAAA